AUGCCCGCCUUUGUCAGCGGACACGGCGGGCCUGCGAACGACCACGACCAUGACCACUCUCGCUCCUCGUCGCCGCACCAGUCGCCGCGGCCCUCUAGCUCAAGGCAUAGCAGCAGGACAUACAGGCCACAGCGGAUCGCGCCCGCUGGCCUCGUGCUGCAGCCUGCCGCGCCGGCGGCCAACGAGCGGACAAGGCUGCUGAACCAUGCGCGCACGCACAGCUAUGCCUCGUACGCUUCUGCAGCGAGCGCCAGCAGCACGUCGACGCUGGCGCCCAGCCCGCCCGGGUCCAGUGGGCCCGCAUCACCGCACACGGCCAGUCCGUACGGGAGUCACUCGAGCACGACGACGGGGUCGCGCAGUCACAGCCACUCGCGCAGCGCCAGCCCCGCCGGCAGCGAGGACACGGUCAUGUCCAGAAAGCUGGGCAAGAACGGUGUCGUCAGGCAUAGCCACCGCCAUUCAUACGACCGCGAGCACCACGCCCACCACCAGCACCAGCACCAGCCACAGUAUCACCAGCACCAGCACCAGCACCAGCAGCAAACGGCGCAUCACGAGCACCAUCGGACAGCUCCGCUCAAGGACAGCAUGUCACGCGCGAGGCUGUAUAUUAUCUGCGCCGGUAUCUGGGCGUCCAACUUCACCUUUGCGUUCCAGUCGACGGCCAUCCCGACGCUCGCGCCGUCCAUCUCCAGCUCGUUCAACCAUGCCGAGCUGGCCGCCUACCUCGGCUCGGUGUUCACGCUGGGCAACACUGCCGGCAUCCCCGUGUACGGUGUCCUCAUUGACACGCUGGGCCGGCGGUUUGCCAUGUUGACGGCGUGCUGCUUCUUUGGUGCAGGGACCGUUGCGUGUGCGCUCGCUCCAGGGAUGCACUCGCUCAUCGCUGCGCGCGCCCUGAGUGGGUUGGGUGGCGGUGGGCUGUUGACAGUGUCGGCGGUUAUCUGCACCGACCUCGUCCACUUGCACGAGCGGGGGUUCUACCAGGGCAUCAUGAUGACCAUCUUUGGCGCCGGAUCCAUGAUCGGCGGCCCGUUCAGCGGCUGGCUGUCAGACACGUACGGGUGGCGCCUGUCUUUCUGGGUCCAGAUCCCCAUUAUCGCAUGGUGCGCGUUCAUCGUCGCGUGCUUCCUCCCCGAACCGCCCAUCGCACCCACCCACCAGUCGGCGUGGGCGGGCCUCGCGAGCUUGGACUGGGGCGGGAUCCUCCUGCUCCUCGGCUCGGUGUCGACGCUCAUCCUCGGCCUGUCGUUCCACACGUCGUACUUCCGCGCGUGGUCCGACCCCGUGGUCUGGGGCCUGCUCCUCGCCUCGGCGCUCAGUGUGGCCGGGUUCAUCCUCGUCGAGAAUAAAGUCAAGCGGCCCAUCGUCCCCCUGUCCAUGUUCAAGAGCCGCCAGCUCGUCGCCAUCUGGCUUUCGGGCACGUUUUUGAGUAUCGCAGCACAGGCGUUCCUCUUCCAUGUGCCCACGUACUUUGCCGUCCUCCUCGACAGCUCGGCCGCACAGGCCGGCCUCGUGGUCAGCAUCUGUUCCGGGCUGGGUCUCAGUUCCGGGUCGUUGCUGGCUGGAUACCAUAUCCGCAGGGGAGGCAGGUAUACAUGGCUCGGCUUCUUCAGUCUCUUCCCGGCCAUCAUAUCGAGCUUUGUCGCUAGCCAGUGGACACCAAACUGGCCCACUUGGACAUACUACGCCACCGUCCUGCCGACCAACAUUGGCUACGCCAUCUUCCUCUGUGUCACGCUCAUCGCCCUCAUCUCCAGCGUCGACUCGCACGCGAUGCCCAAAGCCACUGCGCUGCUGUACACUGUGCGCUCUCUGGGCUCGACGCUCGGCGUGUCGCUGGGCGGCAGCAUCCAAGUGGGCGUGCUCGUGCAGUCGCUCCAGCGCAAGUUUGCCCACGUGCCCGACGGCGCCGCCAUUGUCAGUGCCGUGGUCCACUCCAAGGCGGCCAUCAAGGCGCUGCCGCCCGCCCAGGCCGCCAUGGCGCUGAGCGCGUACGCGCGCUCCCUCAGCGCCGUGUGGAUCGCGGCCGGGUGCGUCGCCGUGUUCACCCUCGUCUCGGCCUUGUUCAUCCGCCAGAACGAGAUCCCGCCACACAAGGGUGCGCUGAAGAAUGGCAAUGGCCAUGGCCAUGGCAAUGGCAAUGGGAGCGGCAGCGGCGACGACGACGUGCGCAAGCCCGUCAAGAGCAAGCGGCGCGUCAGGAUGGCCGUGGAUGUCGAGCAGCAUUAG